AUGCCGGCUAAAGCAGCACAACCAAAAAAAAAAGAAAAAGAAGCAUCCGGAGGUUCAUCUGGUGGUAAAGCUAAAAAGAAGAAAUGGUCGAAAGGAAAAGUUCGCGACAAACUUAACAAUAUGGUCUUAUUUGAUAAACCAACUUAUGAUAAAUGUGUGAAAGAUUUGCCACAAUAUAAACUUAUCACACCGGCUAUUGUAUGUGAACGUUUUAAAGUUCGUGGUUCAUUAGCUCGUUCAAUAAUUCGUGAACUUGUUCGUCGUGGUCUUAUACGUUCAGUUGUUAAACAUAGUCGACAAGAAAUUUAUACUCGAUCAACUAAAGAAGAUGCACCAGGUGAACAAGAUACUGGUAAAGAUAGUACAAGUGAAAAGAAAGAAAGUGGUGGUGGUAAAAAAGGUGGCAAGAAAGCAGCUAAAGUUGAUGCAGCAGCUGCAGCUGAUGAAGCUAUGGCUGAAUAA